GGCGGUUUCUACGUUUCACCAAAAGUCGAAUGCGCACUCUGUGGCUCAGCUGGGUGACCACGGUCGCCGCCCUCGAUCAUGGUGGCUGGACACGCCUUGGACGCGCGGGCAGCGGCGUCUCCUUGGAUUUACGCUUCGCUCUCCGUCCGGCGCAACCCGAUGCUCUUGCGGCGCAACUGGCGGCCGUCUCGGACGUGCACUCGCCUUACUUUGGCCAAUACAUGUCGUCGACAGACCUCCGAGACCUCGUUGCGCCAAGCGUCGCGGCCUUGGCUGCUCUCGAUGCGCUUCUGGAUGGUUUCAAUGCGACGUCGGCCGGCCACGGCGAGUACGUGCGCGUGACGCUGCCCGUCGCGGUGGCGGAAGACCUCUUCGCCACCGAGCUGCACGAAUACAGACGAGGCGACCGCCGCGUCGUUCGUCCGUUCGGUGCCUACGCCGUGCCAGCAUCCAUUCGGGACCACGUUCUGCUUAUCGACGGCCUUGAGCACUUCCCGACGGCCUUUCGACGACAGUCGACGACGCUGACCUCCGCCAGCAUCGAUGACGGCAUCUCGAUCAGCGCCAUCCAGCAGCAGUACGGACUCCCCGUAGGCCGCGCUGCCACGGACGUACGCAACCAACUCGUCGUUGGCGCCUUUCUCAAGGAGGCCUACCGCGCAUCGGAUCUUCAGGCGUACUAUGCACGGAACCACGUGGCUUCAAGCGCGCUGCCAAAGAGCGUGCAGUGCGCUGGCGGCGGUGGCGAUGACGCGCCGGCCACGGGCGAAGCAUCGCUUGACGUGCAGCUCGUCAUGGGGCUCACGGCCAAUGCCGAGACGUCGGUGUUUUGCUACAACUCGUAUCGCGAUGCGACGCGACCGUUUGGCGACGACAACCAAGAGCCCUUUGUCACGUUCAUGCACGACAUCAACGCCAUGGAGCCAGCACCGUCCGUGGUGUCGAUCAGUUAUGCUGACGACGAGUGCGCGGUGCCACCGGCAUACAUUGCAGCGUUGGAUGCCGAGUUCAUAAAAGCGGGCCUGCGAGGCACCACUGUUGUCGUGGCCAGUGGGGACAACGGUGUUGUCGGGAGCACGCUCGUCUCAUUUUGUGGUCGGCCGACAUGUGCUCGCUUCGAGACGGGGUAUCCAGCGUCGUCGCCGUAUGUGCUUUCAGUCGGCGGCACGCAGCUGGUGGGAGAUGUUGAGAGCGACAGCAAACAUUACAAAGAAGAAGUUGUGUCGACGGAUACGAAUGGCGCCAUCACGUCUGGAAGCGGCUUCAGCUGGUACGCCUCCCGACCCUCGUAUCAGGACAACGUUGUUCAAGCCUACAACCUUCGCCAGAAAGAGGCUUUCGAUGCAGAAAAAAGCAAAGGAAAAUACAAUAGCGACGGGCGCGUCUUCCCUGACGUCGUCGCCAUUGGGCACAACGUCCCGAUCGUUGUCGGCAAUAUGAUCGAAUGGACGGACGGCACGUCGGCGUCGGCGCCCAUCGUUGCUGCCGUCCUCAAUCAAGUCAACAAAGACCGUCUGCAGCGCAACCUACCGUUGCUGGGCUUUGUCAACCCGUAUCUGUACAAGCUCUACGAUGUCUGCCCGCACAUCUUUCGGGACAUUUCUGUCGGCAACAACAAAUGCGGCGGCCAUGGCCAAGUAUGCUGCGACUCUGGCUUCUCGGCGGCGGCUGGGUGGGAUCCGCUCACUGGACUUGGCGCAAUUCAAUACGAUCGAUUCGUGGAGGACAUGAGCGCCUGUGAAGCCCGCAUGCACGAAAAAGCCCUGCUUGUCUCGAGUGGCGAACGGCGUGACAUGACCCUUUAUGUGGCCGGCGGCGUCGUGCUGCUCGCAACGCUCCUUGCGCUCCUGACGAUGCGCGGCCGCAGCCCCGUCAUGGACGAUAGCAUCCAUCUCGAUUACAAACUCGUCGAUUAGGCUAUACAAUUGUAUUUCUUU